CCCAAUGGUUCAUCACAAUCACUGGGUCCUGUAUGUGGUUAACAGAAUCAUGAAGUGUAUCCACAUCAUUGAUUCGAACACAUACGGUAAUGAGAUGAAUUACACAAGAUGGCAGGACUUCCAUCAGCAAUCAGUAAAUAUCAGCGGGAAGGCAUUGAGGUUCAGCGAGCUUAUGAUGAACCGCCUGACCACUGCUAUUCAGAGGGUCCGCCCGAAUUCAGGCUUUCCCAAGUUUGGCAAUUGGGACUUCAGAUUUGAUCAUGAAGCUCCCAGAAUGAAGUGCGGCUCCAACGAUUGUGGGUUUUUCUUGAUUAAAUAUAUGCAGUCCUUCGAUGGCAAACGUGGACUAGUUGGAUGUGUCAUAGACCGGGAAAGGAGCCCUGAUCUACCGGCGGAAAUUGCUAAAUACUUGAUUUUCCAUGACCUCAAUGAAGUAAUGGAACUCCCAGAAGAGGUCACCAGGUAUCGGCCGAUGCGGUACUGAUAAAUGUGUGAAUGGUGUUGUCAUCCGGAAGACCAGAGUGCCCCAAAAACUUGAAUUCAUGAUUUUUUUACGUGCGGUUAUGUAAAUUAGUAGCAGAAUAAUAGCCUGUUGGUCAUGUUUCUAUUUAGCAUGGUUUACGGUUUGAACGCAAACAAUUGUAGUAUUACUGCAGGAAUAUGUUGUCCGACCACAGAGGAUGAGUAGUAUUAUCAUAGAUACAACUAGGUCCAUCAUAUCCAAGUGUGGUUUUACUGUGUAAUUUCGAAUUUUUGAUCACAUAUUGUUUGACAUUGGUCAUAGAAAACUGGGCACGUCAAAUAGAAAUCAGUAGUUUCAUCAUACAAAAUGGUAGCAUUAAGAUGGUUGAGCAUACAAACUGUUAGUUUUUUGUAUAUGGUCUGUGUAAUUGUUGUACGC